UACGAUUCACAAUUGCAAUGGUUAUAUUUUCACCAAGCUUAUUCCGAAGUUUCCUAUUCGAAGGUACAACUUUCCGUGUUUAUAAAAACCGGGAGUUCUACGGCACAGAAGUGUUUUCGGGGAAACUGAGGUCAUUGCUGGAAUGCGUGUCCAUUUGCAAUACUAAUGUUUCGUGCGCUGCCGUAACGUAUCGGACAAACGGAAAAUGGUGCGUCGGAUUAGCUGAUUCGGGUGUCAUGUACGGAAAGGCUGAAAUCGAAGUUGUAACGGCCAUGAAAGAGGAUGGUUGGCUCAUCGUCUUUAUUGGUAAGCAAGGAUGCGGAGCGAAAGUAUUCGACUUGUGGAAUGGCACCUCCUUUACGAACCCGGACGUGAAGUACAAUGAUACAAUAUGUCAAUGCCAUUACAAGAGCGAAUUGGUCGAAGACUGGGAUAAUAUCGGGAUCGGAAAGGUCAUACUGUCCCUUCAUCAGUCCGACAAUGGUUUGUCCAUGUCCACAAGAGGAGAAGCCCAUAUCAUCUUCAAAGGCCAGGACACCAACAAGACAUCCUGGUUUAGCUCUAGCAACGUCUUGUCAUCAUCGUGGACAGACUUGAGAAGUCAGCCGCACAGUUACUUCAGUAUGAUGGGAAGUUUUGACAUAUCGGUCAACAUCGCCAGAAGAUUCUACAUAAAUUCGUUAAACAUGCAAUGUGAUUCAGAUCUUGGCUGGUUGAUUGUCGUAGACAAUGAACCCGGUUUGUGCAGCUAUGAGAAUCAGCCUAUCCCAACAUUCUGGUUUGCCGGCGGCUCGACAUUGACUAAGUGGAUUGGGGGGGCAGCGCAAAAAGCUGACUACAUGAAAAUAAUGAUUCAACUCAAUAGCAAGUAGGACUCGUGACGGAGGUACAUAUUUCGUGGCGAGAAAAACAUAUAUCGGAUGGGCCAAGAAAAGCACCGAACUUUCAGAACUAAGUUGUGAUAUUUGUCAGAUUACUUUACUUGGUUAAUAGUGAAUAUCUCAAUUAAGAAUCUUACAGGAUUCCUGCACAGAUUGUACAUGCACAUAUACAUGUACAUGCAUAUGCACAAUACUGAAUACGAUCUUGCAUUUGUUACUACAUGUAAGAAUAUCAUAAGAAUUCUAUCGGAAAUUCGACUUGGGUCUCUGGCUUUCAUCACGGUACUUGGCAUAAGGUCGGAUAUCUUUCGUCGCAUGGCUUGUGGUGCCAUUUCCCUUUGGUGUCAAUGACGACGCACGGAUCAUCAUCCGUGUUAGGUUCUCCAGCAAACUCAUUGUAAUGCAAUCCAUAAUGAAAUUUCUUUUGCGUCACCCAUUUAUAUGCACCGCCUGAAAUGGACACAAACCCCAUUACUUUUUUUCCUUUGAUUCAAUAUUUCUCGCGGGUAUUCCUCGGUUCGAGGUACAUGUAGAAUUUCUUGAAAAUGUCACCUCUUUUCCCGAGAUCAUCUCGCUAACUCACAGAAACUUCUAAAAUCUUGCAUCAAGAUCAAUACUUAAAUUUGACAAUUCAAUUAAAACUGCAAUAAAAAAGAUGAGCUGAGCGUCCUUUGAACACGAGAAAUAGCGGGGACAGAAAACAGAUUUAUGUUUGUGCUAUUUGAGUACUGGAGCACUCUGGAUUACGGGCCAUCACGACGAUGAAUGCAAACAAUGUGAAGACUAACCAAGUGUUAAAAUAGUACCUUGGUGCAACGUCUACCUCUAUCUUAAUUUCUAGUUAAAGAAUUGAUGACAUGUGAUCGGCCGCUGGGGACAUCAUCGAGUAAUUCUCUUUUUAAUGGGUUUUCAGGCGUAACAACCAAACAAUAAGAAAAAUCACUUUUUUGUUCUGCUAAAACCACAUAUUUUAGUAAAAUGUGAAUUGAUACGUUAACUUACUAUUUCUCUCUCUGAGGCCAAUCCAAACCAAAGGUAUCUCGUGCACACUAAGAAAAGCCGCUAUCUGGUUAUUGAAUUCCUUUGAUAAAACGACUGGUAGCCUUGCUUCCAACCUCACACAUACUGUGCGAGCAAAGUCACGUCUGUAAGGCCCGAUUCGGAAUUUGAACUGUGAAGCUUUAAAAAGGAAACGAAUGGGGUCGGUAUAGCAACGGCACCACAUGUAUAGUAUAAGUAACAGCCUACUGUUACGAAUUCGCAGGAUAAAUCAUUACUGGUGUAUUUCUCAGUUUAACGGCGUCGAUAUGUACAUGUUGACCUAAAGAUUUCAUCAAAAUUCACCCAAAACAAAAUAGUACUAGGCUACUGCAGAGGAGAGA